AUGACUCCUAGCUCGCCGAGUGAAGCUUACGCGAAUCUUACUUUAGACCAAAGUCCCGCCUGGGACAUGUCAAGGUCGGAUCAAGCAGCCACAGAAUCCGAAGAUAUUACCUCAGAUGAGCGUGCUAUAGCAAGAUAUGAGAGUGAUCGACCUCUGAGAUCUUCGUCACCUGCUGUCAAGCGUCCUGCAUCCGAGAUGGGGGCUCAAGAGCGUGAAGAUCAUAAAUCAGAUAUUGAUAUGGACAAAUCCUCACUUCCUGGCGAGACACCCGAACCAAUGACAGAUGCGACACCAAAGGCCAAGCAGCAGGACACAGGGUCUCGACAUGAGAACAUACCCUUGUUCGAAGUCACUGCCCACCACAGCAACCCUAAGGCAUUGUCUCAGAUCCCAUCUGAAGAUGGUGCCGCUGCCGUCUCUGGCCAAGCAAUACCCACUUCCUCAGUCGUGUCUACAGCGGCGACUCUAAAGCCCGCUACAAAUUCCUCCGCUGAUAUACCCCCCAUCGACGAACAAGUAGCAAAAGUAAGCUUAUUAGCACGGAAACCAUUGCAAGACAAGGCAAAGGGUUAUGCUGUAUCAGCAAGAUGGCUCAACCGUGUACGAGCACGUAGUUCUGUGGUGACUGAAGCUAUCAAGACAGACAAGGCAGCGACUGAAGGAGAAAUCGGCCCAGUGGACAACUCAGAUUUGGCAUUAGUCAUUGAAGGAUCCGGCCACUUUGAAGACGAGAAUGGGGAUCCAUACGUACCACUCAAGCCAGGGCUGCAGCUGGAGGAAGAUUAUUUCAUACUUCCUGAGGAGGCAUGGGAUUUAAUCACCAGAUGGUACGGAAUUCUUCCCAACUCACCGAUUAUCACUCGCUACGUGCAUAACACAAGCACUGGAGAGGUCGAGAAUUGUCAAUACGAGCUGAAUCCACCCAUCUUCUCUAUCUUGAAACUACCGAGCUCUCAUGCCAUCUCCAGUCAAACCUUAAAGGAGAAGGACUUACCCCCAGUCAAAUUCCUUGCAAGCAGACAUAUGUCUUUCAACAAUUGGUUGAAGAAGGCAAAAACACUAGUAGGAAUUGAUUUGAGCACCAAGGUUCGAGUUUGGAAAGUACUUGGUGGGCUCAAGAGCUCGUCUGGAUCAGGGGUCAUGACUCCCAUGGCAUCACGCAGUGCUUCUCCCGCCCCAGGGGCCGAUAUCGUGGCCAGUGCCGGCGACCGUAUGGUGCUGGAUGUCAACACGUUCUUGACACUUGAUCGUGGUUCUGACAGGGAGCUUGUGGAUGUCAAAGACCAAACAAUGAAUGAGAAUUACAAUGGCCACUCCAGUAUAUUACUGGCUGGUUUAAGCCGCGAUGAAGUCAUUGUUCUUGAGGAGCAGACCGGAGGUCCUGCGGGUGGAGAAUGGGUAUCGGACAGUUUGAGAGCUCAGGUCGCGCGAUCACAAUUGGCAAAAAGUGGAUCAGUAGCUGAUAAAGCGAUGGCCAAAGCGGGUGCAACGAGUGGAAGAUCAAGUCCCGUACCGGGUAUGAUCACACGAGGUCGACAGCGACGGGAUGGUAAGGUGCGAGGCAUCACCGGCCUAGGCAAUCUGGGAAAUACUUGCUACAUGAACUCUGCUUUGCAAUGCAUUCGAAGUGUUGAGGAGCUAACACUCUAUUUUCUAAAUGAUCGUUACAAACCAGAUCUGAACCCCAGCAAUCCGUUGGGAUAUGGUGGAGAAGUCGCAAAAGCUUACGCGAAUCUUCUAAGUCAGAUCUAUUCAGACACGUCAACAGGCACCUUUUCUCCAACACAGUUCAAGCGCGUCAUUGCUAGGUACGCUCCUAGCUUCUCUGGCUAUGGUCAGCAGGACUCGCAAGAGUUCUUGCUCUUUCUCCUUGAUGGCCUCCAGGAAGAUCUCAACCGAAUCAAGAACAAACCUUAUAUUGAGAAACCCGACUCGACCGAUGAGAUGGUACAGAAUCCAAUUGCACUCAAGGAGUUGGCCGAUAAAUCGUGGGAGAUUUACAAAGCCCGCAAUGAUUCAGUGAUCUCUGAUCUCUUUGCCGGCAUGUACAAGUCAACCGUAAUUUGCCCCGUCUGUGACAAAGUAUCGAUAAUCUUCGAUCCGUUCACGAACUUGACCCUGCAGCUACCUAUCGAAGUCAACUGGAGUAAGCAGAUCAUCUACUUUCCACUUCGAGGACGACCAAUCCAAGUGGACGUGGACAUUGACAAGAAUGCCAGCUUCAGUGCUCUGAAAGAGUACGUUGCAAAGCGAAUGGGCGUGGAUGCUGUCAAACUCGUUGGGGCCGAAAUCUACAAACACAAAUUUUUCAAAAUGUUCGACAACAUUACCACCAUCGCUGACAACAACAUCCAAGGUGCCGAUCAGGUGGCAAUCUACGAAGUGGAGGAUGUGCCUACCAAUUACGAUCCUAACAAACAGAAGAAGAGCAGCACUUUGUCAUUGUCCAACAACAGCAACACAAAAGGCGAAAUUCCAGACCUUGACACACCAGGGGCUGACAAAGUCCUUAUUCCUGUAUUUCACAGAGUACCCAAAAAUGGUGGCUCACACCGCGGUGGUUUUUUCGGCUCUCCUUCUUACAUCAUCCUCAGUCGCCACGAAGCCAAAUCUUAUGAUGAAAUCCUUCGAAAAGUUUUAGGCAAUGUUGCAAAUAUGACCACUUUGCCAAUACUCAAAGACAAUGGGGAUCAUAUUGCGAGCAUGGCCACGCCGGAAGAUUCCGAUACAGUUAUCAUGAAUGAUGACGAUACGACUAGCUCUGAUUCCCAUGUCAAGGUCGAGUCCGUCGAAGGCGAAGAUGGAUUGGUGGAUGUGUCAAUGAAGGAAGCUGGCGAUGCUGCUCGGCCAUCUGUUGAGAACUUCCAGUCCAAUGUGCCAUCCGUUCUGAAAUCCGGCAGCUUCAUCCCUGGGAAAUUACAGAAUAUGUUCGAAAUGAAGAUCUACAAGAAUGACACAGAAGCCAUCCCGCUAGGGUGGAAUAAUCUAGAUGAAGGCAAAGAACUCGUCAGUAUCUCUGAUCGGUUAGUACGACGCGAGCGGCGGAAAGCGAAGUAUGAGGCUGGCAGUGGAUCGACGAGUAGCGAAGAAGCUCUCCCUGGUAGGUUCAGGACCGACGAUUCUGACGGCCGUUCUGAUCAAAUUGCCUCCGAAUCAGAGUCCGACUCGGAGCUUCCAUCAACACAAAGGAUAAUCUCAAGUGCAAGACAUAAUUUCCACCGGAAGAGCAAGAAGACCUAUUCGAAAAAGGGCCGGAGGCUUGCUACUAAUGGUGCAGUCACCCCUCCACCUGACGACGAAGGCUGGUUAGUGAGACCUGGGGAAGCACUCGUAUUAGACUGGAAUUAUGAGGUAUGCAAAACAUUGUUUGAAAGUGACGAUGAUGGCGAUGAGAUGCGAGGUGUCGGUACAUGGAAGCAUAUCGAUACAUGGCCAGAUGAAGAAUUGGCGGCAAAGAGAGCGCAGCGCCAAGCACGAAGAAAGAAUGGAGUCACCCUCGAUGAAUGCCUUGACGAGUUUGGAAAGAUGGAAACUCUGUCCGAAAACAAUUCUUGGUACUGUCCGAGGUGCAAGGAGCAUCGGCAGGCAAACAAGAAGUUUGAGCUGUGGAAAGUGCCCGACAUCCUUGUCAUGCAUCUCAAACGCUUUUCCUCCAACCGUAACUUCAGAGACAAGCUGGAGUUGCAUGUCGACUAUCCAGUCGAGGGACUUGAUCUCGCUGACCGUGUCAUCUCCAAUGAUGAAGAGAAGUCCAUGGUUUACGAUCUGAUAGCAGUCGACAAUCAUUAUGGUGGCUUAGGCGGCGGACAUUACACUGCAGUUGCGCAGAACUUCUUCAACAAGGAAUGGUACGACUAUAACGAUUCUCAUGUUGCAAGUCGAGGCUCUCGGUCAUCCAUCGUCACGCCCGCUGCCUACCUCCUCUUUUACCGUCGCCGAGCAGAUCACCCUUUAGGCGGGCCUCUGCUUGCGGAAGUGGUCACGACAACACGAUCCCAUGAGGCUGGAGCUGACCCAGCCUUGGGCUCCCGAGAUCCAUCACCAUUGGCCCAGGGGGAAGGUCUGCUCGGCGUCUCCUCCCUCAAUGGGUCGUCGAGCGCUUUCCAUUCAACCGAAGCCGGAGUAACUCGCCACAUGGGGGGUGGUGGUCUGGCACAGCGUCAAGGGAUGUCUCAAGAAGUCGACAUGAAGGGGACGACCAACCAGAUGGAGGAUGAUGGGCUACCCGAAUACACCGAGAUCGCCCCGGAUGAGGGAAUCAGCAUGCAGGACGGCGAUGUGCCCAUGUAUGGCCCUAGUAUGGAGCAGCCAUCAUGGAGUUUCUCCCAUCUUGGUAGUAUGGGUGCACCACAUUCUCAAAUGACUGCAGUCCCGCCAUCGAGUUUGGAUGGCGAUGCAAAUGGCUUUUACACACAGGAAGAAGCUCUGUUCGCUGCGGAUGACAAUGCCAGCACCCAAGCAGAGGGCGGUGAUCGCAGCUCAAUCGAAUUGAGCGAUCGGGACGAAGAUUUUGUCGAUGCUCCCAUCUUGGCGUCGUCCGAGCAUAGGGGGAUGAGGGAAAGUGCGCCGCCGCCACUUCUAGACGAGACAGGAGAACUUCCCGUUGCUGAAAUUAGGGUGGAUGAUGUCGAGGAGGAGAAUCAUCCGUGA